UGAACAUCAGUCAUCAGCUAUGGCGGACGUAACGAUUUUGAGAAGAAACAGACCCGGCACAAAAUCAGAGGACUUUUGCAAAUGGCCUGAAGAACCAUUUGAGGAAAUGGAUAGCACAUUGGCUGUUCAACAGUUUAUACAGCAAACAAUAAGAAAGGAUCCAACAAAUAUAGAUGAGAUACUGACACCUCCAGAAGGGCAAGAUGAAGGAGUCUGGAAGUACGAACAUUUGCGACAGUUUUGUCUCGAGCUUAACGGCAUAGCUGUCAAACUGCAACAGGGAGAAUGCCAGCCUGAAACCUGCACACAGAUGACUGCGACCGAGCAAUGGAUCUUUCUCUGUGCUGCACACAAGACGCCAAAAGAGUGUCCUGCAAUUGAUUACACGAGACACACCUUAGAUGGAGCAGCCUGUCUUCUCAACAGUAACAAAUAUUUUCCAAGCAGGGUCAGUAUAAAGGAGUCAUCAGUAGCAAAGCUGGGUUCUGUGUGCAGGCGUGUGUAUAGGAUAUUCUCGCACGCCUACUUCCACCAUCGAACGCUGUUUGAUGAGUUUGAGAAUGAGACUGCUCUGUGCAAAAGAUUCACUGCAUUUGUGACAAAGUACAAUUUGAUGUCAAAAGAUAAUCUUAUUGUUCCAAUUUUGGAUGAGCAAGAUGGUAUUCAGGCAAUAGAAAGCGAAGCUUGAGUAGUAGAGAUCGGUUUGGGUAAGACGCGACAUUUUAGGCAGUGAGCAGCAGUGCUUGGGUGGGGAGUGAGGUAAGGACACUGGACAAGAUUUGGAUUGGAAGCAAGGUUAGGGUUGCAAUCAAGGUGUGGUUUGGAAAUGACAAAAACAGUGAACAAAGUUUAAGUUUGAAGUGAAUUAUCUGUGGGAGAGAUGUAUGGACAGCGAUUAAAGUAUGAACCAAGAGUACUUAACAUAAAUGGGGUAGUACAAUGGAUGUCCAGGGAGUAAGGCAAAUGAAUGGAGUACAGUUUUAGUAGGUAUAGAGGUAAGAACAGUGAGCAAGGUUUGUAUGGAGAUUGAGGGUUUUGCAGAUUCAAGGUAAGGAUCAAGGUAUUGGUAGAGUGUGGACUGGACUGGCAUGAGAGAACUACGAGACCUGAUGUGCAUGCAGGGUUUGGAGGUUUGGGGAGAUUGUUGUAUGGGAUGUGAGCAUGGGCUAGGAGUGAGAUUUUGGCAGAGAGGAAUGGUUGGACAUGGUAGGAGAGUUGUGCAGAGAAUGAUGGUUUGCCUGGGACUAAGAGUUAGGCAAAGAGUGAGGUUUAGUUGGGCAGAGUCAGAAAUGAGGUUUCAGUCAAGAUGUAGUGAUCUUAACAUGGAAAUAGCAGUUGUGUAAGCUGCACUGUAAUAACAGGAAAUUCCUUGUAGAUUAUAUUAUAAUAUUAAUUCUAUAAUGAGAUGCAAGCUGUGAGCAUGGACAGUGUUGGGGCUUGUUUUCUCGUCGUAUAGUCUUGUCAGUUUUUUUCUGAAAGUAAUAGCUCAGUCUCCAGUAACAUGUAAAAAUGAAUUGUCUUAACUGCUGCAGCCUUUAUCAUCUUGUUUACUUAACAGGCGUGGCUAAAAAAUUGUAAUUCCCAUUCGGUGUGUACAUAUUCGGUUGUUAUCAUGUAAUUACAUUGUAUUUCGAAAAGUACCUAACUUCCCUACUUCAUGCAUAUUACUUUCUACGUAACAAAACUAAAUGCAUAGGGUAUUUUAUCAGUAGAAAAGAUGGGUCUUUAAGCUGUUGUGUUUAGCUUUUCAGUAUAAUGUAGGUAACCAACAUGUUCAGUGUAAUUCAAAUUGUGUCAUGAAAUUGUUAAAACUGGAGAGUGUCAUAUGUACGGUUUGUGAAGGUAUUUAUUGCAUAUUUACAGUAAAUAAGAACAAAUUUGUGAUUAUUUACUCCUGAUAUUUACAACUCACAUGGCUAUUAUAUUAUCAAUUAAUGUAAUAUAUAGCAAGCAAAGAUUUUGGCGUUUUUCUUUUUAAAUUGUGCAAAUCAUUUGAAUAGUAGUUACUUUUUUAUGAAAUAGUUGGGAUAUGGAAGAUCGAGAAAUAUGAAAGCAUCUUUGGAAAUUAGUUUCUUAAAAAACGUGAUCUAAAAAGCAGAAUGGUCUUCUAUGCUGACGAAAACAGAAAUGGAUUUUCGUUGAUAUAAUGUUUCACUUGAAUCCUGAAGUAAAUAGUUAAGCUGUUAA